CAGGCAUCCUCCAGACAGACCUCAGCAGCGCCACGCUUCCCGCGGAGACUCUCUCGCUGCCUGCCUGCCUUGCAUCAGCAGCACAGCCACCAAGAAAGGCGACACAAUCCUCGUACCUCAACUCAAGCUCUCUCUCAUUUUUUAAAAACAUUUUAAAUUAAGAAAAGAACCCUAAAUUAUUAUUAUUAUUUGUUGUUGUUGUUAUUGUUGUUAUUAUUAUUAUUUUAUACCGACCUUAUUGGUUGUUUUUUAUUUUUAUUUUUCAAAAAAAAAAGGGGGGGGAGCACCCAUUUUGUUUAUAUUUUAAUUUAUAAUAAUAAUUGGUCUUUCUACUGCGAGGGGUUUUGGUUGCAAUUAUUUUUGGGGAGCCGCUGGAGAGGACAGUUCGUCAAAGAAAAAAAGAAGUGGGGGAAAAAAUAUUGGGAACAUCCAGAUCUGAAGAUAUUGAUUGAUUGAUCCGUUGAUUGAUCGAGAUAAGGCAAGUCCAGCAGCAGCCCAAGGACAAAAAGAUCAGGAGAGACGCCAGCCACCAUCCCUGAGAGCAUCCUAAAUCUUCUUGCUUCAUUGCCUUCCGAAAGGAGCAUCCCGGAUCCCGUCAUGACCAAAGCUGAGAUGGGCAAGCUCAACACGACCCCCGAUGAAGACAGCAGCAGUUACAGCUCCAACAGCAAUGACUUCGCCUACCCUUACCCAACCAAACCCACUGCUCUCAAGAGCCAUUAUGUAGACAUGGAUCCAGAAAACCAAAACUUUUUACUUGAAUCCAAUCCUGGAAAGAAGAAAUAUGAAACUGAAUAUCAUCCAGGUACUACUUCCUUUGGAAUGUCAGUAUUUAAUCUGAGCAAUGCUAUUGUGGGCAGUGGCAUCCUUGGACUCUCUUAUGCCAUGGCAAACACUGGAAUUGCGCUCUUUCUAAUUCUUCUAGUAUUUGUGUCGAUAUUUUCGUUGUAUUCCGUUCAUCUCCUUCUGAAGACUGCCAAUGAAGGAGGAUCUUUAUUAUAUGAACAACUGGGAAUGAAGGCAUUUGGCAUGGCUGGGAAACUAGCAGCAUCCGGAUCAAUUACAAUGCAGAAUAUUGGAGCUAUGUCAAGCUACCUCUACAUAGUGAAAUAUGAGUUACCAUUGGUCAUCAAGGCAUUUAUGAACAUCGAAGAGAACACAGGGCAAUGGUAUAUCAACGGUGAUUACUUGGUUAUAUUGGUAUCCUUGGUGCUGAUUCUACCUUUAUCACUACUGAAAAAUUUAGGUUAUCUGGGCUACACCAGUGGAUUUUCCUUAUUGUGCAUGGUCUUCUUUCUUAUUGUUGUCAUUUGCAAGAAAUUUCAGAUUCCUUGUGGGCUGGAACAUGAUUUGAUUAAUGCGACACUAAAUACAACAUUAGAACAUCUGUCAACUGUUUCACCUUUUCAUGGAACUGAAGUCAAUAUAACUAAUGAUGACAAGUGCACACCAAAAUAUUUCAUCUUCAAUUCACAGACUGUCUAUGCUGUACCAAUCUUAACAUUUUCCUUUGUCUGCCAUCCUGCUAUUCUUCCUAUUUAUGAAGAACUGAAAGGCCGAAGCCGCAGAAGAAUGAUGAAGGUAUCCAAUGUUUCAUUUUUUGCCAUGUUCCUCAUGUACCUUCUGGCUGCUCUCUUCGGCUACUUGACAUUUUAUGAAAAAGUUGAGCCAGAGUUGCUUCAUACAUACUCUGCAUUCCUUGGAGCUGAUGUUCUUCUCCUGAUUGUACGUCUGGCUGUUUUGAUGGCUGUAACUCUUACUGUGCCCGUUGUGAUUUUUCCAAUCCGCAGCUCCAUCACACAAUUGUUGUGUGCAGGGAAAGAAUUCAGCUGGCUCCGCCACUGUGCUAUUACAUUUGCUCUUUUGGUGUUCACCAACAUCCUUGUGAUCUUUGUUCCCACAAUCCGAGAUAUAUUUGGUUUCAUUGGUGCCUCUGCUGCUGCAAUGCUGAUCUUUAUACUUCCAUCUGCUUUCUACAUUAAGCUAGUGAAGAAGGAGUCAAUGAAGUCUGUACAGAAGAUUGGGGCUUUGCUUUUCCUGCUCAGUGGCAUAUUUGUGAUGACUGGAAGUAUGACCUUGAUCAUUCUGGACUGGACAAGCAAUGCUGCUUCUGAUGGUCAUUAACUAUCUGCUUUGAACAACAGUGGUCAUACAACCAUCUGCUUACAGAACUUCUUAUCCGUAUUUGCAAUUCUGCUUCCUUUGAAAUGCAGAUUCUUUGAUGCUGGUUCUUCUGAUUGUAGAAUAGGUGAACUUUUUAAAAAGAAACUAUUCUACACGAUGGGAAUGGAUACUAACAUCAAACCACCUGAAUCUUUGGCUGCGGGAAGUGACUAUUUAUUCCAUUCCAGAGAAUGGACAGCUCUCUCUGUAAAAAUAUUAUCAAGCCAUGUUUGGCUUUUAUCAUUGUUACUUGGAAAUUUUAUUAUUUACUUGAAUGUGCCUAAUGGAAACAAUUGAUGUGAGAAAUGUUAGUUUACAACAGGGGAGGCUAAGCUAACCAUUGAAAGUGAAAGAAAAAAAAACACUAUUAUUUUUGUACCAAAAAUGUUAUGGACCUCAAAAGCACUAUUUUGACUUUAAGAAAAUGUUUUGUAUGUCGAUGAUCCACAUAAGGUUGGAAAGAAAUCAGUAAACAGUUUAAUUAGUGUUCUAAAUUCAACAUGUCUUGCCUAUCUGUAGAGGCAUAUCCUUAAAAUUAUAUUUUUGGCCACAAGAAAUUAUUUUUAAAACCUAUAAUGCUAAAGAUCAACUAAUUUGAAAGAUUCAAACCAUAUGUAAUUUAGUUAUUCUGAAACCAAACAAGAAUUUAUUGAGAUUUCAUGGUACUAUAACUAAACUAACAAACAUAAAAUACCAUGCUCUAUUUCUAUUUCCUAAAAUUGUCAUGCUUUUAAAAAGAUUUCAUUCCACCAAAGUGUGUAUGAUGUGUUAAGCAAUUUGUAUGUAGUAGUAAACAUAGCAUCCUACCCAAUUAGUAGUAUACCCUAGCAGGCCUCUUGAAAUGAAUGAGGGCUAUACAGAAGUAUCUAGCAAAUUCCUGAUAUAGUCAUGAUAAUGCAAUAUUGGCAUUUUUCUUCUGGAGGUGCUCAAUAGUGCAAUUACAUUUUUUUAAAAAGAAAGGUGUGGGUAUUUUUUCCCUAUUCAGUUUUUGUUAUAGAUCAAAUCACAUUGGUUCAUCAGCCAUUAAUACAGAGUUCCCUUAUUGACAACACAUGGCUUAGUUUUAUUUAUUUAUUUUUAAACAAGUAAAAGUGAGGUCCUCCUAUAGUUUACUAGCAGUACAGUAUUCACUGGCUGCACAAUAUUUUUCAAUUUCAAGUUUCCAUCCGUUAUUAGAAUUUUAAACUAUUUUAUCAUUUGUUCCUCUUCGAACAGAUGAUUGCAUACAAUACACCAGGCACUGGUGUACAUGACAAAAAUUAUCUUCGUAAGGCAACUGGUAUUCCUAAAUGCAACUGAUAUUUACAGCAACUUUUUUUAAAAAAGAAGAUCUUGAUUGACUAUACUGUCAUUUCAUGUGUAUUUGUUUCUGAAAUAUGAGUGCUCUUUGAGCCUUAAAUUUGCAUUAACGUAACAACAGGUUACUUAGUACAAUGCUUAAUAAGAGCAUGAUCCUUUUCCUAAUGCAGAAAUCUCCUUGGCCCCAAGGGAGCUCUGUUCCCCUGACCCUUCCUCCCUUGAACACUCAGCAUUACCAGGCUAUUGCAGCCCAGGUUAGGAGGGUUAGAUGGAGAAAAGGGAAGUAUGUACAGAUUUCCCAUUCUUUGCAAUACCCUAGAGGGGCAUCCUGUGAAUUAACGCUGAGUAAGGUAAAGGAGAAAACUGCUUUACUACACCUCAUGGUGGCAAAUCUGUGUACCUGGUACACAUACUUCUAACUGUUUGGUAAUCUGUAGGUGUUCACUGCAUUAUUGGUACUUGUUUAAGAGCACAUUCAAUACUGCUUUGCAUACACAGAUGCUACUGGAAAAAAACAUCUUAAGACUAGACAGGCAAAGUUUAACAAUAUAGUACUAUGUGAAUUGCUUUCAGCUAUAUUCAACUGGCAUCAUAAUUUAGGAGUCGCAUUUAGUUCAAGUAAUAGUUGGGUUAGAGGGAUCAGAUGGCAUGUAAUUAGCUAAUUAAGCAACAAAGGCAUUUUUGUGGGAAAUGUCUUGGCCCAUUUUUAACAUUUGGUAGUUGUCUGUCAUUGUGUCUUUUUACAUAUGAUAAUGCAAAAGUUUUUGUUUGCAUUUCUGCAUGGGCACUGCUUGCCUCAAAAGCUGCAAUUCUGAUUCCACUGAGGUCAAUGUCAAUGACAUUUAUGCAUUACUGAAAGCUAAUUAAUUCCAUCCUCCCCUUACAAUACCCUUGCUUCCACUACUCAAUGGCUUGCCAUUGGAAUCCAAGCCAUGACCUUGAGUAGAGCAAUAUGAAGUCUACUUGAAUAAACUUGAUUAUCUCCCUUGUUCUCAAAAAAUCCAAUUACAGUGAGCCUACCACAUCGGCAGGCUAGCAUUCUGUGGAUUCAACAACCUGUGGAUUGCCACGCUCCAUAUUAUUAGGUGGCAACAUGGGCACAUCACUGCCCAUUGAAUAAUAUGGAGAGCAACUGUCAAUAUUUUUCCCAUCCACCUGGGGCCCUGUAGAUGAAAACGGCCCACUGUAACCAAGAAUCACCCCUAUACUUGCAAGAACUUAAAUUUUUGCUGACAUUCUAAACAUACAAAAGUGAACAAUUUGGAGUUUUUAAAAGAAUUCACCUUUUUCUAAGCAACUUGUUUGGGAUAAAGUAAAAUGAAUUUUUAAAAUGUCUUUUGUGUCUCAAUGCUACUGUUUUCAGUGGAAUCAAGAUUAUAUUAUACAAAUGUAACAGAUAAUGUAUAAGAUAGUGAAAACAGCAUUUCUCUUUUCCUGCUUAUUGAACUAAAUUACUGGUACUUAACAUCAUGUUCCAUGUGAAAAUAUUUGAAAGAAGUCUCAGUUAAAAUGGCAGCUCUUUACCCAUUCAUGUGGCUUCUUGUAAAACAACUAUGUUUGUCUUGAUACCUCUCAAGCCACCAGUUUGGUACAGGGGAAAACUAUGCCCUCUUCCAACACUGGAGAAUUGUCUAUGUUCAUUGGUUUAUCUCAGCAGCUGAAAAACUAGACAAAGGUAUGAAAAAAAUCCAAGAUAAUACUCAUUAUUUUGCCUCAGUAAAUGAUAUUGUGUACAAUGCUAUACAUAGCUGCUCAGAAGUAAAGUCCCAUCAGGUUCAAUGGGAAUUACUUCCAGAUAAGUGUGUAUAGGAUUGCAACCUGAAUCCAGUGAUAGCUGGACAAUACACUGUGAAUCAUGCAGCUUUCCGGCAUAUGAUCACUAUGAAUUUGUCCAUUGCUUUCUGGUGUCUGAAUCUGUUGCAUACUUGUUUCUUUGGAGGUUUCUAAGUAGCACCCAAGCUAGCAGUUUCAGUAUUAAUUAAACCAAAUGUUUGUCACCUCAUUUUACAAUUACUGUCUUCCAUGUUAUUUCAUUCAUAAAAUGUAACAUUAUUUAUAGAACAAUAACCUGUUGGAAUACCUAUUUUUCAGUAUUUAUGCAUAUCCUCUGUACAUAAAUCAUGAGUGUAUAUAUUGUAACUAUAUUGUAUAUAAUGUAGGUUUGGGAUUUUAUGUUUAUGUAUAUAAGCUUUCAAUAUGUUUAAUGGCUAAUACACAAUGUCCAUGAUUCAUUCAUGUUGUACACCCGGUAAAGAGCUAUCAGAUGGAAAAUUUCCAGAAUAAUAGUAUGACUGCCCAAUUAAAAUUCUGUCUUCUCAAAUUGCUAAGAUUAAAAACCAAAUGUCAGUUGGCAUUCACUACUCUGCCGGUGUUCAACGACAUGUGUGAAUCCAGUGAAAUCUUAUUUUUCCCUUUGUACCAUUUGCCCCACAUGGUACCACCAAACUGAUCUGAAAUUCUUGUUGAUUGCAAAGCAGUUUGCUAUGUGGGAUGGACAGUGGUAGUUGCUGCUGGAGGCAAGAAAGAAGUCAUAAUGUUGACUAGCAUCAUGAUUCUUUGAAACCUGACCCAUAAACACUGUCAUGUGUGCAAAGGUCCCUGUCCUCAAUGGCUUUGCAAUGCAGACAAUAUUCUGUUUCACCUGAGGGAAUGGGAAGUUCUUGUGCAUAUUAGGCUUUUCAUUGUUCUUUGUUCACAGAUGUGUUCACUGCAAUAACCAUGAAUUAUCUUUUGGGUCCACAAAGUUCAGGUUUUCAGAGUAUGUUGAUGUUUUCAGUGAUUGGUUUUAAAAUCAAUAUAUUCAGCCUUCAUGUACAGAGAUGUUACAAUUUGUAUAUAUUGUAUAUGUAUAUAUAUAGAGAGAGAUACACACUGUAUUGUUAGAUCAACAAUUCAACUCCAAUUGUUGGGAAAAUAAUGCUACACAGUUUCAAUGAAACAUUGCUCCAAAACACACUGCAGAAAUAAGGCAGCUUGAGACCACUUUCACUGCCCUGGCUCAAUGCUAGGGAACUCUGGGAGCUGUAGUUUUGUGAGACAUUGAGCCUUCUCUGUCAGAGAGCUCCGGGGCCACAAUAAGCUACAGUUCCCAGGAUUUUCUAGCACUAAAGUAGGGCAGUUAAAGCAGUCUCAAACCAGAUUAUUUUUGCACUGUGUUUUAGACAAUUGUAUGUUUUAACCAAACUGAAAUAAAGAUAUAAUCUUA